GUGAAAACCCCUUUGUCCCUCCCUCGGCCUCCCACACUCUGUGUCUCCCAAAUCCUGCGGGUUCCCAAAACCCUCUUCACUUCUCACAUCUCAUACUCUGUAGCUUCUCACUCUCAACAUGUACCUCUACAGUCUGACCCUUCAGCAAGCCACCGGCAUCCUUUGCGCCAUCAAUGGCAGCUUCUCCGGCGGAAAGUCUCAAGAGAUUGUGGUGGCGCGGGGCAAGGUCCUCGACCUCCUUCGCCCCGACGAGAAUGGUAAGCUCCAGUCCCUCCUCUCUGUUGAAAUCUUUGGCGCUAUUCGUUCUUUAGCUCAAUUUCGGCUUACGGGUGCGCAAAAGGAUUACAUUGUUGUGGGUUCGGAUUCCGGACGGAUUGUAAUCCUUGAAUACAAUAAAGAAAAGAAUACGUUUGAUAAGAUUCAUCAGGAAACGUUUGGGAAAUCUGGAUGUCGUAGGAUAGUACCCGGGCAGUACUUGGCUAUUGACCCUAAGGGUAGAGCUGUGAUGAUUGGUGCUUGCGAGAAGCAGAAGCUUGUUUAUGUUUUGAAUAGGGAUACUGCAGCUAGGUUAACUAUUUCGUCGCCUCUAGAGGCACAUAAGAGCCACACACUCGUCUAUUCGAUUUGCGGGGUGGAUUGUGGGUUUGAUAACCCGAUAUUUGCGGCCAUAGAGUUGGAUUAUUCUGAGGCUGACCAGGAUCCCACUGGUCAGGCUGCUAAUGAGGCACAGAAGCAUUUGACCUUCUAUGAGUUGGAUCUAGGGCUUAACCACGUGUCGAGGAAAUGGUCUGAACAGGUUGACAAUGGUGCUAAUUUGCUUGUUACUGUGCCUGGUGGUGGGGACGGACCUAGUGGUGUGCUUGUGUGCGCAGAGAAUUUUGUUAUAUAUAAGAAUCAGGGACAUCCAGAUGUCAGGGCGGUUAUUCCGAGACGCGAGGACUUGCCGGCAGAGCGUGGGGUCUUGAUUGUCUCAGCUGCCAUGCAUAAGCAGAAAUCCAUGUUUUUCUUCCUCUUGCAGACCGAGUACGGGGAUAUUUUCAAAGUGACACUGGAACAUGAGAAUGAUAGAGUGAAAGAGUUGAAGAUAAAGUAUUUUGAUACUAUUCCCGUGACGUCAUCCUUGUGUGUUUUGAAGUCUGGUUUUCUGUUUGCUGCAUCGGAGUUUGGCAACCAUGCCUUGUAUCAAUUUCAGGCUAUUGGAGGUGAUCCAGAUGUGGAGGCCUCGUCCGCUACGCUAAUGGAAACAGAGGAAGGUUUUCAACCAGUGUUUUUCCAACCGAGGAAGCUGAAGAAUCUAGUGAGGAUUGAUCAAGUUGAGAGCUUAAUGCCUAUUAUGGAUAUGAAAGUUAUAAAUCUCUUUGAGGAAGAAACCCCUCAGGUAUUUUCACUUUGUGGGCGGGGACCUCGUUCAUCUCUGCGGAUAUUGCGACCGGGUUUGGCUAUUAGUGAAAUGGCAGUUUCACAGUUACCUGGCGUUCCGAGUGCUGUCUGGACUGUGAAAAAGAAUGUAAAUGAUGAAUUUGAUGCUUAUAUUGUUGUGUCUUUUGCAAAUGCCACUCUCGUACUUUCCAUUGGUGAGACUGUUGAAGAAGUUAGUGAUAGUGGAUUUCUUGACACAACACCUUCGCUUGCUGUUUCUUUGAUUGGGGAUGACUCUCUGAUGCAAGUCCAUCCAAGCGGUAUUAGGCAUAUCAGAGAAGAUGGCCGCAUCAAUGAGUGGAGAACCCCAGGAAAGAGGACCAUUGUUAAGGUUGGGUCCAAUAGACUUCAGGUUGUCAUUGCUCUGAGUGGGGGGGAGCUUAUAUAUUUUGAAGUUGAUAUGACUGGGCAGCUGAUGGAGGUUGAGAAGCAUGAAAUGUCUGGAGAUAUUGCUUGUUUGGAUAUUGCCCCUGUCCCAGAAGGAAGACAGAGGUCACGCUUCCUAGCUGUUGGAUCUUAUGACAAUACCAUCCGCAUCUUAUCUUUGGAUCCCGAUGACUGUAUGCAGGUUCUGAGUCUGCAAAGUGUUUCAUCUCCCCCGGAGUCUCUCCUCUUUCUUGAAGUUCAGGCUUCUAUAGGAGGGGAGGAUGGAGCAGACCAUCCAGCUAGCCUCUUUCUGAAUGCUGGUCUGCAAAAUGGGGUUCUAUUCAGGACAGUGGUGGAUAUGGUCACCGGGCAGCUUUCAGAUGCUCGCUCUCGGUUCUUAGGACUCAGAGCCCCUAAACUCUUUUCUGUCAUUGUGAGAGGACGGCGAGCCAUGCUUUGCUUGUCCAGUAGACCUUGGCUUGGCUACAUACACCAAGGGCACUUCCUCCUGACACCGUUGUCAUAUGAGACUCUUGAAUAUGCAGCUUCUUUUUCCUCAGAUCAGUGUGCAGAAGGUGUUGUUGCUGUUGCUGGGGACGCAUUAAGAGUUUUCACUAUUGAGAGACUGGGAGAAUCAUUUAAUGAAACUGCUGUACCUUUGAGGUAUACCCCGAGAAAGUUUGUACUUCAGCCCAAGAGGAAGCUGUUGGUUAUAAUUGAAAGUGAUCAGGGAGCAUUCACUGCAGAAGAGCGUGAAGCUGCAAAAAAGGAGUCAUUUGAGGCUGCUGGAGUGGGAGAAAAUGGAAACACGGAGCAGAUGGAGAAUGGUGAGGAUGAGGAAAACAGUGAUCCCCUUUCUGAUGAGCAAUAUGGUUAUCCUAAGGCAGAGUCUGGAAGGUGGGUGUCUUGCAUCAGAGUUCUUGACCCAAGGACAACUCAGACGACCUGUUUACUGGAGCUUCAGGAUAAUGAAGCUGCAUUCAGUAUGUGCACUGUAAACUUCCAUGAUAAGGAGUAUGGAACUCUUUUAGCUGUGGGUACAGCGAAGGGCCUACAGUUUUGGCCCAAGAGAUCCUUUGAGGCUGGAUAUAUUCAUAUAUAUAGGUUCAGGGAAGAGGGGAAGGUCCUUGAACUUUUGCACAAAACACAAGUGGAAGGUGUCCCCCUCGCUUUGUCCCAGUUUCAAGGUAGAUUGCUGGCUGGUAUAGGAUCUGUGCUUAGAUUGUAUGAUUUGGGAAAAAGGAGACUGCUUAGAAAAUGUGAGAAUAAGCUGUUCCCUAAUACAAUCACUUCUAUCCACACCUAUCGAGAUCGGAUUUAUGUUGGUGACAUGCAAGAGUCAUUCCACUAUUGCAAGUAUAGACGAGAUGAAAACCAGCUGUACAUAUUUGCUGAUGACACUGUUCCGAGAUGGCUUACUGCAGCACAACAUAUAGAUUUUGACACCAUGGCAGGUGCAGACAAAUUUGGAAAUGUUUACUUUGUGCGAUUGCCACAGGAUGUGUCAGAUGAGAUUGAAGAAGAUCCAACAGGUGGUAAGAUAAAGUGGGAGCAGGGGAAGCUGAAUGGUGCCCCCAACAAAGUAGAGGAAAUAGUCCAAUUCCAUGUUGGCGAUGUGGUCACCUGCUUGCAGAAGGCAUCUCUGAUUCCAGGUGGUGGAGAAUGCAUUAUAUAUGGGACUGUAAUGGGGAGUUUGGGAGCAUUGCUUCCAUUCACAUCACGUGAUGAUGUUGAUUUCUUCUCUCAUUUGGAGAUGCACAUGCGACAGGAACACCCACCAUUAUGUGGCAGAGAUCACAUGGCUUACAGAUCCGCCUACUUCCCGGUGAAGGAUGUGAUAGAUGGAGAUCUGUGUGAACAGUUCCCUACCUUGCCAAUGGAUAUGCAACGUAAAAUUGCAGAUGAGCUUGAUAGAACACCAGCUGAGAUUUUGAAAAAGCUGGAAGAAAUCAGAAACAAAAUCAUUUGAGACUGUUCAAGUCGAUGGUCUUUGCUUGGCCUUUUGUCUUAAUACAAGGAUCGGCUAUUUACAUGCUCAAGAAUGUUGAACAGAAAAUUAUGUAUGGACAAUUACUGCUUGAAGUAUUUAACUUGCAUUGGGUGUGGAUGGAUGUGAUGGCACGGCAGCCUGGGACAGUCCAAAGUUUGCACCGAAAAGCACAAAGUGAAUCUCACCGUUCCAAGUCACUUCCCGCCCUGUGCUUGCCUCUGUUGUAAAUGCCUCUAAUGUAGACUUAAGAUUAUUCAGCUGGUUUUUUCUCCUCGUGGCAUGUAGAAUUUCAUGGUUCUGAAUUGGUUUUGUGCCUCUGACAUGCACAAAUGUAAUAUUGUUAAAGAGAGUAGAAAGAAAGGAUUUAGAGAUGUGUGUGUGUGUGUGUUUUCUGGGAUUGUUGGUGAUGUUGAUGCAAAUGGAAUGAACUUGUGUAACCUAACCACAUUGAUGUUCUCUAAAUUUCUGCACCUUC